AUGGGCAAACACUGGAACGUUGCCCGCAAGUUGUGGGUCACCGACGCCAUGGUCAUCCAAGCGACCGCCGAGCGCCGCGUUGAGCGCUGGAGGGAGCACGUCCCCAGCGACGGCUCUGCGUGUCGCCCCUCGGCGCCACCUUCGCGCUUCCCUUCGUUCGCCGAAGGUGCGAUAGCCAGCGAACCCGUAAGCCGCAACACUUCCUCUGGCGUCGCCGCUACUGCCCACCCGACCACCAACACCACCUUCGAGACUAUCUCCAACAGCGCAGGCCGCGUCCCGAUUGAGCUGGGUCCUACUUGCCACAUCUCCGAUGUGAGCAGGACUGAGGUGGACGCCGCCAGUGCUGCUGGUAGCGCCCACGAUGACAGCCGCGAGCUGGUUGAAGUUCAGACCGCUGAGUCGCACACAGUCCAGCGCAUUCCUACCGGUCACCCUGCCCGUGCUGUUGUCCUCAGCAACAGUUCCGAGAACGCCGUCUCCACCAUUCCGGCUCCCGCAACGCCUGAGCGCCCUCCUCGGCGCCUGUACCCUGUCCCUCCCGCUCGCCAGCUGCGUCGCAGCACUCGCAACGGUGUCUCCGGUACCCCGCCUGUCGAAGCGGCUGGCGGUUCCGUCAACUCAGAGGGCAAUACUGCUAAUGGCAAUGGCCCCGACGAGCCUCGGGCCGUUGUUGCUGGUGAAGCCCCUCCCCUUGAGGUCCUGCAGAGGUCAACAUUCGUGCCGAUGUCCGGGACCUUUCGUGGGCCCGGAGUCCCGGGACACCUGGUCCUCCCCGUGAGCCCUCCCGCGCGCCCUCCUCGCUCGCCGAACCGGCCGCAGGGACUCCGCCGGCAGCCUACAGAACCGCUGCGCAUCAUCACGGACGUCAAUCUCAAGUCUCGCUCCUCCAGCUCCGGCAGCCACAAGCGUCGGGCCUCUGAUGAGUCGGAGGGCAACGAUUCCAAGCGCACCCGGCCUUAG